AUGGCAAAUCUGUCUCAUGAUGAUGAUCCAUCUAUGAUUUUGUGGGGAGAGUGAUGAAGUGUGUAUGUUGAACAGUUUCGACGAUCGCAUGGCUGAGAUUUGUUACGAGAACGAGACUAUGAUGACGAAAACGACGGCGACGGUGGUGAAGAAGACGACGACGACGACAACGAGGAGACGUGAACGGAGCUCGUCUCAAGCAGCGAGAAGAAGGAGAAUGGAGAUCCGGAGGUUUAAGUUUGUUUCCGGUGAACAAGACCCUGUCUUCGUCGACGGUGACUUACAGAAGCGGAGGAAACGAGAAUCCACCGUCGCAGCCUCCGCCGUGUUUUACGAAACGGCGAAGGAAGUUGUCGUUUUAUGCGAGUCUCUGAGUUCUACGGUUGUGGCAUUGCCUGACCCUGAAGCUUAUCCUAAAUACGGCGUCGCUUCAGUUUGUGGAAGAAGACGGGAAAUGGAAGACGCCGUCGCUGUACAUCCGUUUUUUUUCCGUCAACAGACGGAAUAUUCCUCCACCGGAUAUCACUAUUGCGGCGUUUACGAUGGCCAUGGCUGUUCCCAUGUAGCGAUGAAAUGUAGAGAAAGACUACACGAGCUGGUCCGUGAAGAGUUCGAAGCUGAUGCUGACUGGGAAAAGUCAAUGGCGCGUAGCUUCACGCGCAUGGACAUGGAGGUUGUUGCGUUGAACGCCGAUGGUGCGGCGAAAUGCCGGUGCGAGCUUCAGAGGCCGGACUGUGACGCGGUGGGGUCCACAGCGGUUGUGUCUGUUCUCACGCCGGAGAAAAUCAUCGUGGCGAAUUGCGGUGACUCACGUGCCGUUCUCUGCCGCAAAGGAAAAGCCAUUGCUUUAUCCUCCGAUCAUAAGCCCGACCGUCCGGACGAGCUAGACCGGAUUAAAGCAGCGGGUGGUCGAGUUAUCUACUGGGAUGGCCCACGUGUCCUUGGAGUACUUGCAAUGUCACGAGCCAUUGGAGAUAAUUACUUGAAACCAAGGAACCAUACCAUGGACUCGCACCACGCGUCUCUAGGUCGCCGGACUUUGGAAGAGAUUCGUCAAAAGAGAGCUGCUCAAAGGCUAAGCAAAACUUCAUCAGGCCCAGAUCUUAGCGAAAUUCCAAAUCCUGCCGAUUUCCCAGUGAUCAGAAAAUCUGAGAGUGGAAAUCGGCUUUCUGAGACAGAUGUUGGUGCUUUAUAUUCCCAGCUUAAAGAACUGCAGAAGAAGAAUGCAGAAAUGGAGGAGCGCAACAAGAUAUUGUCCUCAAAGCUUCAAACAAAGGAAGUUGAGAAUGAAUCACUUGAAACUCGGUUGAAUGUGCUGGAACAAAACACAGUGCCAUCUCUGAGAAAAGCCCUUAAGGAAAUUGCAAUGGAGAAAGAUGCUGCUGUUGUUUUACGAGAGGAUCUCUCAGCUCAAGUUAGGACUCUUAAGAGACGUGUUAAAGAGGCAGAGGAGGAACAAUAUCGAGCUGAGGAAGAUGCGGCAUCUCUGAGAGCAGAGCUUAACUCGAUACAACAGCAAGCAAUGGGUACUUCGUUUACUGGCCUGUCGCCAAUGGGAGUUUCCUCAGACCAACUACCAAUAUUAGAAAAGGAGAUGGCUACCCUAAAACUAGAAUUACAGAAAGAAUCAGUGUUAAGGCAGCAAGAACAACAGCGUUUAGCUGAAGAACAAACUCGAGUAGCUUCUUUAAUGUCUGAAAAGCAGGAACUGGAACAGAAGAUUUCAGUUUUAUCUAGCAGGGCUUCAGAAGUAUCAGAGUCUGGUCAAAAGGCAUUGUCAGUGGAAGAUAAAGAAAAACUCGAGAAGCAGUUGCAUGAUAUGGCUGUUGCACUUGAAAGAUUAGAGAGUAGUAGGCAAAAACUUCUCAUGGAGAUUGACAACCAAUCAUCUGAAAUAGAGAGGCUUUUUGAGGAAAACUCUAACCUCUCGGCUUCAUAUCAAGAAUCAAUCAACAUAUCAAAUCAGUGGGAGAAUCAAGUGAAAGAAUGUCUGAAGCAAAACAUAGAACUCCGUGAAGUUCUGGACAAGUUAAGAACAGAACAAGCCGGUGCUCUUUCACGAGGGUCUUCUGAAAUUGAGGCAAAUGGGUCACAUGGAACUGAAACUCUAUCCCUCAAGGGUGAACUUGCAAAAGAACAGAGCAGAGCGGAAUCAUUAUCUGCUCAAGUUCUCCAACUCUCAGCUCAACUUCAGCAAGCAACACAGGCAUACAAUGGGCUUAUGCGCGUCUAUAAACCUGUGCUUAGAAACAUAGAGAGUAGCUUGAUCAAGCUGAAGCAAGAUGGAUCGCGCGAAAUGAUUUCCUCCUUGGCGGCGAUCACCGGAGGGCCAUCAACAUUCCGGCGUGAUCCCGAUUCAAAUACUCUCAGGCUAGCCCGCAGGAAAACAUUAAUCUCUUUAUUACGAAACUGCAAGAACAAUGCCCAAGUUCCAUCGAUUCACGCCAAGAUCAUUAGGACCUUCCAUGACCAAGAUGCUUUUGUUGUUUUCGAACUUAUCCGUGUCUGCUCCACUCUUGAUUCCAUCGACUACGCUUACGACGUGUUUCGUUAUGUAUCUAAUCCUAAUGUCUAUCUAUACACCGCCAUGAUUGAUGGUUUUGUGUCAUCUGGUCGCUCCGCUGAUGGAGUUUCGCUGUAUCAUCGGAUGAUUCACAAUUCGGUUUCGCCUGAUAAUUACGUGAUCACCUCGGUUUUGAAAGCUUGUGAGUUGGAUUCGUGUAGAGAGAUUCAUGGCCAGGUUUUGAAACUUGGGUUCGGCUCUAGCAGAUCGGUGGGGCUAAAAUUGUUGGAAAUCUACGGGAAAUCUGGGGAAUUGGCUGAUGCUAAGAAGGUGUUCGAUGAAAUGCCUGACAGAGAUCAGGUUGCAGCAACAGUCAUGAUUAAUUGUUAUUCUGAAUGUGGUUGUAUUAAGGAAGCAUUAGAACUGUUUCAAGAUGUUAAGAUCAAAGAUACGGUUUGUUGGACUGCGAUGAUUGAUGGGUUGGUUAGAAACAGGGAGGUGAACAAAGCGUUGGAGCUUUUUAGGGAAAUGCAGAUGGAGAAUGUUAGUCCUAAUGAAUUUACAGCUGUCUGUGUUUUAUCUGCUUGCUCAGAUUUGGGUGCGUUGGAGCUCGGGCGUUGGGUACAUUCGUUUGUUGAGACCCAAAAGAUGGAGCUUAGUAAUUUUGUAGGAAAUGCUUUGAUCAAUAUGUACUCUAGGUGUGGUGAUAUCAAUGAGGCAAAGCGGGUUUUUAAUGAUAUGCGAGACAAUGAUGUCAUUUCAUAUAACACGAUGAUUUCUGGAUUAGCAACGCAUGGGGCUAGCGUUGAAGCUAUCAAUGUAUUUCGGGAUAUGGUGAACAGAGGAUUUAGGCCGAAUCAGGUGACUUUAGUUGCUCUUUUAAACGCAUGUAGCCAUGGAGGUUUGCUGGAUAUAGGACUUGAAGUUUUUAAUUCUAUGUGGAGAGUUUUCAGUGUUGAACCGCAGAUUGAGCAUUAUGGAUGUAUUGUCGAUCUUCUUGGUCGAGUGGGGCGACUUGAGGAGGCUUACAGAUUCAUAGAAAAUAUGCCGAUAGAACCGGAUCAUAUCAUGUUAGGAGCUCUUUUGAGUGCUUGUAAGAUUCAUGGAAACAUGGAACUCGGUGAAAAAAUCGCCAAGAGACUAUUCGAAUCUGAGAAUCCAGAUUCUGGGACAUACGUUCUCUUAUCAAAUCUUUACGCUUCAUCAGGGAAAUGGAAAGAAUCUACAGAAAUCAGAGAAAGUAUGAGAGAAUCAGGGAUUGAGAAGGAACCUGGAUGCAGUACUAUCGAAGUGGACAACCAGAUCCAUGAGUUUCUUGUGGGAGAUAUAGCACACCCUCAUAAAGAAGCAAUUUAUCAGAGAUUACAUGAACUGAAUCGAAUUCUUAGAUUCAAAGAGAAUGAAACAGAUAUUAUAACGGGCUUGUAGUGACAGAUACACAUUGUUCUCAGGUAAGUAUGUCUUAGUCCCUCAAAACUUUGU